GACCAGGACGCCUUCUCUGCUGUCGCCGUCGCGCUCACUUGGUUGAUUGCUGUUCGCUGAAGGCCGGGCAUUGUGCCCGUAAUAUUUUAUAUUUAUACACCCGACACGCACUACUUCAGGUUCCAGCUUCAGCUUUAACCCUUGGGCUCCGGCUCUCCUCUCUUUUUUGUGCGUGUCUUUCUUCCAAACCCCCACACUCGUUUGUCUACGAUUCUGCCCGCCCACGCAAACUCGCACCCGUCGCUCCCUACCUUAAUUAUUUGCACGCUCUAACUUGCGUUUUGCAUUUUUUCUCCCCGUUUUCUGCCGUUGCCCCCUUCUGCCAUCCAUUUCAUACCCGCUGCCCCCGUUCCCCCUCUCGCGCCCGCUCCGAUGGACUCGCAGGCAGCUUUUGAGGCGCACUACCCGUCUUACGGUUUCGAGCUCGACAUGAUGAAGAGGUCUAUGGACUCUGUCGGUGGUCCUGAUGCCAAAAAGGCCCGCUGGUCCCCCAACUCCUUCGGCGCCUCCAACGGCACAAAUGGUUUAUCCAACAAUGCUUCCCCUCGUGAUGCCUUUGCCAACUAUGGUUAUGGCCCGAACGCGAGCAUAUCCCAGGCAGCCUACAACAAUUCUCCUCCUACUCCGGGCUUCUCCAACCCGCUCUACUCCACCCCGUCUCUUUCCGUCAACACCGCGACCGGUGGCGCUGGCAUGGGCUCGCAGAUGAGCCCCAAUACCCCCACCGCCUUUGCUGCUCAGCAACAGCAGCAGCAGAACUCGGCUAACGGGAACGCGUACGGUGGAUUUGCCGGGUACAAUAUGCUCAGCAUGGGUAUCCCUGGGAUGGGCGUUCUAGGCGGAUUCCCGUACAAUAAUCAGAUGGGCAAUUUUGGCCAGAACUUCAAUCAACAACGCCUGCCCCAGCUCAACCUCAGUAUACCCAACCUUGCCCAGCAAGGCCCGUACUCACCCGCGGCACUCAGUGCCGCUCUGAACGUUGCCUCCAACAACGCCACCGCGCGCACGGUGUAUGUCGGCAACCUCCCCCCGACUGCCUCCGUCGACGAGCUCCUCAAUCUUGUUCAUUUCGGCCCGCUCGAAUCCAUCCGUGUCCUCCCCGAGAAGUCGUGCGUUUUUCUGUCUUUCCUCGAUGGCGCCACCGCCGCCGCGUUCCAUGCGGAUGCGACGAUCAAGAAACUGUCUUUACACGGCCAGGAACUUAAGAUCGGCUGGGGAAAGCCGUCUCCUGUCCCUGCUGCGGUUACGCUGGCUAUCCAGCAGAGCAAUGCGAGCAGGAACGUUUACCUCGGAGGUCUGGACGAGAACAUGACCGAAGAAGCUUUGAGAGAUGAUCUCAGCCGAUUCGGCCUCAUUGACCAGGUCAAGAUCGUCAGGGACAAGAACAUCGGCUUUGUCCACUUCUUGAGCAUCGCCACUGCAAACAAGGUGGUCAACACGUUGCCGACCGAGCCCGCGUGGGCAGGGAAGCGCGUCAACUACGGUAAAGAUCGAUGCGCGUAUAUUCCCAAGUCGCAGCAGGCAGCCGCGCAGGCCGCUCAGGCGGCAGCGGCUCAAUCGCUGGUGUCACAGGCUGCGCCCUUCUCGUCUCCCUUCACUCCGUAUGCCGCCAACUUCUCACCCGAAGCUAUGGGUAUGGGAGGCAUGGGUGGCCAGGGCCUGAACAGGACCGUCUACCUUGGCAACAUCCAUCCUGAGACCACCACCGAAGACCUCUGCAACGCGAUCCGGGGCGGGGUUUUGCAGAGCAUCCGAUACAUGCCUGAUAAGCACAUUGCCUUCGUGACGUUCAUUGACCCCGCUGCGGCGCUCACGUUCUUCCAAGUCGCGUCUUACCAAGGCCUUACUCUCAACAACCGAAGGCUCAAGAUCGGAUGGGGGAAGAACCCCGGUUCUCUGCCGCCCUCGCUGGCCCUAGCCGUUCACGGCGGCGCCACGCGCAAUGUCUACAUUGGCAAUAUCGAGGACUUUGAGACGUUCAAUGAGGAGAAACUCAAGAGAGACUUUGGUGAAUACGGAGAUAUCGAGCUUGUAAACUUCUUGAAGGAGAAGAACUGCGCGUUCGUCAACUUCACGAACAUCCAGAAUGCGAUCAAGGCGAUCGAGAGCAUCAAGAACAAGCCGGAUUAUGCAAAUCUGCGCAUUGCCCACGGGAAAGACCGGUGCGCGAACGCGCCUCGCCAGGGACCUCAAGGCGGAGGCAUGAGGAGGUCUGCGAGCGGCAGUGGCGGCCAGAACGCUGGUGGUCAUGCUGAAGGAGGCGACGGAGAAGGAGAAGGCCACUCCGGUGAACAUACCGAGCAACAUUUCGGCGAACACGUAACUGGCGCUGUCGCGCCUGCAAGCGAUGAGGCACCUGGCUCGUCUGACUCGUACGUCGACGUCGGUGCUGAAAAUGUCGGGAGCGCCUAGGUGGACGCUCGCUGUGGAUAACCCCUGCCAUCCCGCCGAUGGUUUUUGGAUACCCCUUUGUGCAUAGCCUGCGGACGCCAUAGAGCCCCCGGAUCAGUCGAAACCUCAAAAGCAACGACCAAGAUGAUGUCAAUGUCUUUUCAACAAAUGGAUGGAAGUUUGGCGGGUUUCGGAUCCGUGUCGGACUUGGGCUGUUGGUUGUCUCAAUCUUUAUCGACUUGCCCUUCGCUAGUGCCUAUCCGGUCUGCUUUCUUUCUUUCGCGUGUUCAUUCCUUAUGUUUAUCCGUAUCCCCUGGGCUGUGGUGCCUGAUUCGCGUGUUCUGCUUACGGUCUUUCUCUCGCAUUCUUUCCCCGUCUCUACUGUAUGCUCUCCUAUCGAUAUCCCUGCUACGCUCUCACCUCACCGUUACCCCCUCACUUACCCUACGAACGGACUGUAUCGAUGCUGCGGCGAUGUAAUAUUUGCGCUUCCAUUUUCCAUACUUUGCGCUACAUUAUCUAGUCUCGCCGCUCGUGCCGUUCAAUGUAUCUGAUGCUGUGGAGGAUUUACUCGUUCCCGGAC